AUGCAAAAGGGUAUAUGCGUUCGGCUGGUCAAUAUCAUUGAGAUCUUUUUCUUGACACUUGGUACAAGUGUCCCAAAUAGUACAGAGAGGAAGAUAAAAUUUGCUGUGUCAAAGCACAAGGAGAUGAAAACAAUGGAUAAAGAGGUUAACAAUAAAGACAGUAGAUCACUCCAUAGGGCCUUGAUAUCAAGCGAUGGGCCGAUGGCAGCUUGCAACUGA